AUGUGCUGCGUAGACUGCGUUUGGAUUGACAUCCUCUGGCUUGUCGCCCUCGGCCUCGCCAAUGUUUGUUGGUUUGCCGCCUUCACCGCUGCAGACGUGGUCAACUUUCACCGCCACGUGCCGGGAGACCCAUACUGGCAGGCGGUCCGUGUCAACGAAAAUCUCGGGCUCGAGCAGCUCCAGGAGCAGUUGCCGCCCGACUCUUGGUCGGCUCCGUAUCUGGGACGGCAGCUGGAGGAGCAGCCGUUCGCCUCGGGCGAGCCCAAGGCGCAGUACCCAGCUGUCAUCCCAUCCGAGGAGGCCCCGGCCUUGUUUCCAGAGCCCUGGCCGGCGACUGCAACCUUCAGCGUAUUCGCUACUCAGAGUAGCGAGCAGUGGCGGGCGGGUCCAAGGGUACAGUACCCGGCUGUCAUCCCAUCCGAGGAUGCCCCAGCCUACUUCCCGGAGCCCCGGCCAGCUGUUCCAUCGGAGGGCUUCAUUCAGGUAGAAGGCGCCGUUCAGGAGCGAGAGCCGCGGGUUUUGUUGGAGGAGGUCUCGCCGGUCCCCAUACUCGAACCCUCGCCGGAGCCGUCGCCUGCGCCGGACCAGUGCCUGGAGCCGGACCUUCCCAACCCCAUCGACAUAAUGGCGGCCGCGGUCGCCGCCAGCCUCUCCGGAGUCGUUGCUUUCUACCGCGUCGCUGUGCUCUUUGCCUAUUCGGGCCUCACAUCUCUCGUGACUGGCGAGUGGACGACGUCUAUGGCGAACCUCCAUCUGCUCUGCUGGACAAUAAACCCGUAUCACGCCGCCACGCCGUCCCUCGCCCAAGAGAACGUGAUCGACCUCCACGGCUGCGAGGAGCCGGGGCCCAUCUACCAGGUGAUCCUGAUCGGCUACUUUCAGGCCGUCUUCGACUCGCUGCUCAUCGGCACCGGCCUCGGUUUUGCCGAGCGGCUCCCGAUCACGUGGGAGGCGUCCAUCGUCUACUUUCUUCAGGUGGUGAUCGACGCUGUGACCGAGUCGUACGAAGCGGCCGCCGUGAACUCCAACAACGCGGCGUGGGCGUUUUGGGAGGGCGGCGGCGGCGGCGGAGAGGGCGCCGGAGCGGAUGGGCUGGCCCGCGGCCGCGGCAUGAGGCUUGGCCGGCCUCCCACUGCCUCGAAGAUGACGCAGACGUGCUAUGAUCCUCGGCCGCCCGCGGAGAGGAGAGCGGGCGAAGCCCGCGGUGUGGAGCAGGCGCAGUCGACGAGGCGGGCGGAGGCUGGGAGGGAGCGAGGGAGCGGCAGCCUCAAGAGAGAGGCGAAGCACCUGAUGUAG